AUGGACUAUUUCGCCACCGCUGCUGUCACUGCUAGCUCCAGCUCUACAAACCCGACGACCUCUAACGUCAGUCAUAAUAACAAGCACAAGCCCAAGAAGAAGGGCGGCGGCGUCGGCAACUACUGCUGCAAGCUGUCGACGGACCCGCAGAGCGUGGCGGCGAGGGAGAGGCGCCACCGGAUCAGCGACCGCUUCAAGAUCCUCCAGAGCUUGGUCCCCGGCGGGGCCAAGAUGGACACCGUCUCCAUGCUGGACCAGGCCAUUCACUACGUCAACUUCCUCAAGGCCCAGAUCCUCAUCCACCAAACCCUAAUCAACAAUACUACUACUCAUCAUGCUGCCGCUGACAUGGACCAUCACUAUCGCAAUCGUCAAGUGCACUACUACAACGAGGACCCGGCGGCCUCCUUUUACUUCACCAGAUCUCCGGAUCUGGGGGGCAGUGCUACAUCUUACUGCACCCAUCCGGAAGAAGCUUGCUCUCGCCAGCCGCCGGUGGGUGGCUCCCAGCUGAUGUUCUCGCCGCCGGACUAUUUUGUGGGUCAAGCUGGAGAAGGAGGAGUGCGGUAUUAUUCGUAA